UUACUGUUGACGGCUGAAGCAGUUCAACUUGACAUUCUGAGGAGAUCAGACGUAAUACUACAGCUUCUAACUAAUCCAAUCAUGACGCGGGAGAAUAAUUUGUUUCUAUUACUCUGCUGGGUGUCUUUUUUCCUGGCUUAUUGUGUUUUGGCGGAUCCAAGCUUCCCAAACUGGGAAGAUAAACGCAAAGACAAUAUGGAGACCUUAGACAGCAUGGUUAGUAGAUCUGGACCGCUACAUAUGGCGCAGCCGAAGCAGUUGAAGAUACAGAAGAAGCCUAUGGAAGGGUACAAGGAGUUCGAUCACUUUUUUGAACAUCGUCGCAGAAGUGACUUUUACAAUUCGAAAAACGAUUUGCGCCUUAUUUUGGAGCCAAGGAUUCAUGGACAACCAAACCUUGAUUCGUUGAACCGACCAGUUCACCAGCUGUGGCGCGGAGAGUUUUACGCUAGCCCGUUGGCAAAAGCUUCUCUAUUUCCCUCGAGAUCGUAUGAUCCGUACAUCCGUCGCUACGAUAGAUUUGACGAGCAAUACCAUCGUACCCAUCCUCAGUACUUGGAAGACAUGUACAUGCAUCGUCAAAGAUUCGAUCCUCAUGAUAGCUACAGUCCCCGUGUACCGCAGUACCCUGAUCCGUACGUUAUGUAUCCCGAUCGCUACAUGGACACUCCGACCGUGAGUAUUAAGUCUGGACGAGGUUACCCCGACGAUAUCGUGCCGCAAUCCGAUUUCUACGGGAACAGCAAGUACGAUUCGACGAAACUGCCGGAGGUCGCACAUUCGUCGCGAAACGAACGUAUCGUGUAUUACGCACACUUGCCAGAGAUUGUCCGAACUCCGUACGAAUCUGCGCGGCAGGUGGAAAGGACCUCAGCUGCUCUCAUAGCUUCCUCCAACAUAUACAACAAGAAGAAGAUAAAAAACAAUCCGCGGCCAUCAGCUGGUAACGAGACAAGUUAUGAAAAAACUCUGUAAAGACGAAACAUGUAUUUUUUAAUCUUUGGAACACCAAUUAUUAAGUUUAUUUACUGUAUGUAGUUUGAUUAGAAAAAUUUAAACUCAUGUCCUUUUUUUUAUAUAAUUUUUUUUUAAUAUUCUUGUUAAUCAGUGAAUUAUGCGUUUCCUCUACAUACAUACAUACCAAAGAAAGAACAUAGGAAGAAGGUUUUUUUGUGUUUUAUUAAUUUUAAGGAUCUGGUUCACGAAAUAAACUAUCCGCUAAUUUUGCUUA